CCGUUAAUUCUCCAAGUCACUCGAAGUUUAAACGAACUGUUUUUGUAGCUUCAAUCACAAAUACCUUCGCCAUCUCCUCACUGCUUCAACUCUCUUUCUCUCUCUGAAUUUUCAUGGCGGACAGCACGACGACCACCGCCAAGGCCUUUGACGUGGAGAAAACGACCUCCGUGUACGCCGUCGCCGACGAAGAUGAGGUCUCUCCCAUUGAGGAGGUCCGAUUGACAGUGACCAACACCGACGACCCGAAUCUGCCCGUGUGGACCUUCCGAAUGUGGUUCCUCGGCCUCCUAUCCUGCUCUCUCCUCUCCUUCCUCAACCAAUUCUUCGCCUACCGGACUGAACCGCUCAUAAUCACGCAGAUCACCGUGCAGGUCGCCACACUUCCGAUCGGACACUUCAUGGCCGCCGUGCUUCCCGCCACCAAGUUCCGGAUCCCCGGACUCGGGUCCAAGACGUUCUCGCUGAACCCGGGCCCGUUUAACAUGAAGGAGCACGUGCUCAUCACCAUAUUCGCAAAUGCGGGAAGCGCCUUCGGAUCCGGGUCGCCUUACGCCGUCGGUAUCGUUACCAUCAUCAAAGCCUUCUACGGCCGAAGCAUCUCCUUCUUGGCUGCCUGGCUUCUCAUCCUCACCACUCAGGUGUUGGGAUACGGAUGGGCUGGGCUGAUCAGGAAAUACGUAGUCGAACCAGCCCACAUGUGGUGGCCCAGUACCCUCGUUCAGGUCUCUCUUUUUAGAGCUUUACAUGAGAAAGACGAUCAACGACUAACAAGGGCAAAAUUCUUCUUCGUUGCACUAGCCUGCAGUUUUUCGUGGUACUUAGUCCCUGGAUACUUGUUCUCAACUCUCACAAGCAUAUCAUGGAUCUGCUGGAUAUUCUCCAAGUCAGUCACAGCUCAGCAGUUAGGGUCUGGCAUGAAAGGUCUAGGACUCGGAGCCAUAACACUGGACUGGUCUGCUGUGGCAUCUUUCUUGUUUAGCCCUCUCAUCUCACCCUUCUUCUCCAUUGUCAAUGUCUUCGUUGGCUAUGCAGUGAUAGUGUAUAUUGUGAUUCCUCUGGCUUACUGGGGCCUAAAUGUGUAUAAUGCCAAUAGGUUUCCUAUUUUCUCUUCACAUUUGUUCACAUCUCAAGGUCAACUGUACAACAUAACAGCCAUUGUCAACGACAAGUUUGAGCUUAACGUUGCUGAGUAUGAAGCUCAAGGCAGGAUUCAUCUGAGUGUGUUCUUUACUCUCACUUAUGGUUUUGGAUUUGCCACGAUAGCAGCCACCCUAACACAUGUUGCAUGUUUCUAUGGAAGGGAGAUUAUGGACCGUUAUCGCGCUUCUUCUGAGGGAAAAGAAGAUAUUCACACAAGAUUGAUGAAGCGAUACAAGGACAUACCUUCAUGGUGGUUUUAUUUGUUGCUGGGUGUGACAUUUGUAUUUUCUCUGGUUCUAUGCAUCUUUCUGAACGAUCAGGUUCAAAUGCCUUGGUGGGGACUUAUUUUUGCUUCAGCCAUUGCUUUCAUUUUUACCCUCCCUAUCAGUAUCAUAACUGCCACCACAAACCAGACACCGGGGUUGAACAUUAUCACUGAGUAUGUCUUUGGUCUCAUUUACCCGGGAAGACCAAUAGCCAAUGUAUGCUUCAAAACUUACGGCUACAUAAGUAUGGCUCAGGCUGUCUCCUUCCUCAGUGAUUUCAAGCUUGGACACUACAUGAAGAUCCCUCCAAGAUCAAUGUUCUUAAUUCAGUUCAUUGGUACUAUGAUGGCUGGAACCAUCAACGCUGGUGUAGCAUGGUGGCUACUGACAUCCAUCAAGAACAUUUGCCAAGAUGAAGUUCUCCCUCCAGACAGUCCAUGGACAUGUCCUGGUGAUCGCGUCUUCUUCGACGCAUCAGUCAUUUGGGGUCUAGUAGGACCAAAGAAAAUCUUUGGUUCUGAGGGAAACUACAGUGCAAUGAACUGGUUCUUCCUUGGAGGAGCACUAGGUCCCAUACUUGUUUGGCUAUUGCACAUGGCAUUUCCUAACCAAUCAUGGAUUCCACUGAUCAACUUUCCAGUCCUACUAGGAGCAACAGGAGCUAUGCCACCUGCAACAUCAUUGAACUACAAUGCAUGGAUUACUGUUGGAACCAUCUUCAACUUCUUCGUCUUCCGUUACAGGAAGCAAUGGUGGCAGAGGUACAACUAUGUGCUAUCUGCAGCACUUGAUGCUGGGGUUGCUUUCAUGGCUGUAUUGAUAUACUUCUCAGUAGGACUUGAGAACAAGAGUAUCACUUGGUGGGGAACUGGUGGUGAACACUGUCCUCUUGCAACAUGUCCUACUGCUAAAGGCAUAGCAGUAGAUGGUUGCCCUGUACACUGAUUAAUUUUCAUGCCUCUAAAAGAAAACAUAGGUGUUACCGGUCAAAGUUUCAGAAUGCUAUGAUAAAAGAAACAUGGUUAAUGGUUUUUUUGCUUUCUCUCUUAUUCAGUUUUCAUGACCUAUUCAGGCCAAGUUAUCAAUGCACAUAUGGCCAUUUGAGAAGAAGAUAAUAGUGGAAACUUGUUUGUUUAUCUUAAGUAGAUUGUAGCGUGGAUAGAAGACACUACUCAAUGAACAUAUUUAUAUACAUAUAAAACAAGCUAUGUUUUUGUUUU